AUAAAAGGACCUUGGAGAGAGGAUGAAGAUAAAAUGUUAAUUCAAUUAGUAAAUAAAUAUGGCGCUAGAGAAUGGUCAACUAUAGCAUAUAGAAUACCCGGUAGAACAGGCAAACAAUGCAGAGAAAGAUGGUUAAAUAGUUUGAACCCCGAAGUAAAGAAAACUAAUUGGACCUCAAAGGAAGAUGUAAUUAUCAUUGAAGCACACACCAAAUAUGGAAACAAAUGGACUAAAAUCUCUAAAUUAUUAGAAGGUAGAACAGCAAAUGCCAUUAAAAAUCAUUGGAAUUCAACAUUAAGAAGA